GGCAAUGUUGGCAAUUGUUGACAAAUUUUCCGGACAGUAGUGCGAACAGGUGGUGUCGGUUUGAGUUGAAUUGGUGAAUUAAACCGGCGAUAUGUGUUAAUGCCUAUUUGUAAUUAUUUCGAUUAAAUUCUAUUUACCUUUUAUUUGUUAUGCUGAGGGUGCGUACGAAGUAUAAUGAAAGCGACAAUUAAUUAUAUAGAUACUGCACUUAACUGAAGCCUUGUAUAUAUACAUAUAUAUUGUCAUAUAUCUACGUGCUAUAUAUUUGUUAUUUAUUGAGUUAAUUAGUCAAGUUCUACGAGGAAAAAUAUGCCUCCCCGUCGACUGCUGGCUCCAAAAACUUUGGAGGAAUUGUGUUUAAACGAAAUUGUUCAAUAUCUUACAAGAGAGUGUUUGUUUUGUACUCAAGUCAAAAAAUAUCAGAAAAGUUCUUUGUUGUUGCGGCGACGAGGUCUCAAUGCCCAAACUUUGGAAAAGGAGUUGGAAUCUUACCUGGAUAUCUUACCUCCACUAUUGAAUGAGAGUGUACGACAGCAUAUCACAAAUGAGGUAUUAAAUGCAACUUCUGGUUCAGCUUUAUCUCAACAAGACAUAUGUGUUAGUCUUCUUGCCAUAGUUUUAAACAAGGAUGUUAAAACACUUGAAUUCAGAGAUGAGGCGCAUGCUAGCCUUGUUUCUCCUAUCUGGCCAAUUGUAAUGAAAAAGUGUACAGGACUCAAGAGGUUUGUCAUGGCCGAUAAUACAAUCAAUGUUCAAACUGUGCAUCACUUGCAGCCAAUUUUAAAGAUUGUUAUUUCGAACUGCCAAACACUUACAGAAUUGAUUUUGAAGAAUGUUGCUCAAGGAUUUUCAACAAUGUCAAUGAUAGGAAGAACAUGCUCUUUUUUGAAAUUAUUAGAUAUCACUGGUUCUCGAAUUAAUUGUAUGGAAUUUGCCCAUCUUCUGGUAUAUUCUGCAAAGACUAGAAAUAUUAAUAUUGAAGGUGUCAUUAAUGGCACUGUAGAUUUACCACUGAAUCCCAUGUGCUCCACCCUUGAAGUUCUGUUGUUGGCAGACACUGAAGUGAAAGUGAAGGGAGCUGCAUUAGCUGUAAAAAUGCUUCCAAACUUGACAUCCAUGGGAAAUUUUGUUCACUUGGCUGCUGGUCUUAAAUUUCUUUAUGGAACAAAGGCAAAACCCCCUGUUCCAUUAAAAAUUACACAGGCUAAAUAUUAUGGACCAUCUCACAAUAAAUUGAGAACCUUAGCCAAUUGUUGCCCUAAUUUAGACACUUUGAAUAUAGGAAACUACAAACAUAGAGAAUUAGCUCCUAGCUUAAUGACAUACAAACAUCUUAAAAAUUUGACUUUAGAAAACGUGGAAUUUGAAGCUUUCCUCGCAUGUACUACUCUUCUUCCCCAGUUGAUUGAUUUGAAGUUGACCACAAAUGGUAUUGACGUUGGGCAAUUGGGGAUGUAUUGUAUAAAUUUAGAAAAUCUUUGGUUAUGUGGAGAGCCCCUAAGAAUACCUUCACGCCCUCCUAAUUCUCAACCUUUUGUAAAACUUAAGAAAUUAAAAAUGCAGUGCUUGGCCUCUGCAGAGUGUGUGGGUUACAUCGUAAGACAUGCUACAGGUCUCAAAGUUAUUGAUUUAUAUAGGGUAAAGGAUUUGAAUGAUAAGGUUUUUGCCAAAUGGUUUCAGUGGAAUCCUUUACAGUACUUAGAAACUCUGAUGAUUCGUUACGCUGACAUUACUCGUGAAACUAUCAAUUUGCUUCUUGAGAAUUGCCCUAAUCUCACACGUUUGGGCGAACUUGGAGGCUGGGAUAUUCGAUCAUGGGAACGUCGACGAAUUAGUGAUCUUGUCCUCCGGCAAAAUUACAAAUUGCAUCUAGUUUUGUGUUCUCGAAAUGCUGAUAGUAUUAUUAUUGAUAUUCUAAAUGAUUAUACAAGUUCUGAUGAUGAACUAGGACACUAAUUUUUAAUUAUUAUUUUAAUAAAUGUAAGUUGAGUAGGCAUUCUAUUAAUAUAUUGAACUUCCUUUGUCUUCCCGUAAUUCACUAUCUUAUAGUGAUGUUAUAGAUACAAUAUUUGUAUCGUAUUUUCUGAUACGUAUGAUUUGUUUUGAAAUUUAAAGAAGUCAUGUGUUUUCAUGAAAAGGUGUCAAUUUGUGUGUUUUUGUUUCUUGCAUUUCUUAGGCCCAAAGAUUGCAAACUAUAUUUCCUAAUUAUUUUGAAUGUACAUUAUAUUCUUAUGCUUGCUGCAAUUUGUAAGAGGCUAUUCCUUGUAAUUUAUGAGCAUACUUCAUGAAACAAUACAAUGAGAUGUGAUGAAGGAAGUGAGAAAAUGUAUCUUUCUGGUACGUUGUUUUAGAGUUUUUUGUAUUAAAAACUAGUCCAAAUGUCAUCCUGAUAUUAAAUAGAAGACAUUUUCAGAAUUUUUGAAGCUCAAUUUGUAUAUAGCCUUAUCUGAGAAAUAAAAUAGAUCUAUUCUUUGAAUCUAGAGCUGUAUGUUUUUCCUGAGAGACUUGUCUCUGUUCCUGUCAUGUGAUUGUUCAGGUUGCAUUAUCUUGUUACUUAUUGAGAAUUUCUGACUUGUUGAUAUUUGGAGAACUGUGGUUUUAUUUGUGGUAAAAUUAUAUUUCUUGAAUGAUGUUGAAUGCUAAGUCAUUGAAUGGAUAUUUGUGAAAGCUUAUCAAAAUUAUUUUCUCGAUACCUGAAGGUGGCAGCUUUGGUAGGUACAUAUUGCUUUUAAGGCUUUCUUUUAUUCCAGGAAUAUAUAUUUAUAGAUAACUCAGGAUUGAUUGAAAUAACACUUAUUGUGUAAAGUACGUAGCAUUAACACGAAAUAACUGUAAAACUAGAAAAUCAAGAACAGAUUACAUGAUUAUAGGAUUAGGAAAUUACCUGUUGCCUGAAUGUGGUUUGCUCAAGAGAAUUGAAUGAGAGUUGCUGAAAGUAAUUUAUUAGUCUGUUAGAAAACUUGAAAUCAAAGUUGAGUAAUUGUGUAUUAGACUCUGCAAUGACUCUGUAUGAGCUGCUUUGGUUGUUUCCAUGUAAAAACACUUGGGCUAUUAUGUUUUAAUUUCAGUUUUGUAUAAGCAUUUAAAUCUAAG